CAUCCAGUAGCGACGAUGGCGAUGGCAGCCACGGCGCUGCUCCUCAUCGUCGCCCUGGUCCUCGCCGCAGGCUCGCCACGCUGCGGCGCCGCGCCGCAGGGCGCGCAGGUCACGCGCGUCCCCGGCUUCGACGGCGCGCUCCCGUCCAAGCACUACGCCGGGUAUGUGACGGUGGACGAGCAGCACGGGAGGAACCUGUUCUACUACCUGGUGGAGUCGCAGGGCGACCCGCGCAAGGACCCCGUCGUGCUCUGGCUCAACGGCGGCCCUGGGUGCUCCAGCUUCGACGGCUUCGUCUACGAACACGGACCAUUCAACUUUGAGUCAGGCGCAUCAGUUAGCAGCUUGCCAAAGCUUCAUCUUAACCCAUAUAGCUGGUCCAAGGUAUCUACUAUGAUAUACUUGGACUCCCCUGCUGGUGUGGGGCUGUCAUACUCAAAGAAUGUUUCAGAUUAUCAGACGGGUGACCUCAAGACCGCUGCGGAUUCACAUACUUUUCUUCUCAAGUGGUUUCAAAUGUACCCAGAGUUCCUGAGCAACACAUUCUACAUAGCUGGGGAGUCGUAUGCUGGGGUCUAUGUUCCUACCCUUUCACACGAAGUUGUCAAAGGAAUACAAAGAGGAGCUAAGCCAACUAUAAACUUCAAGGGCUACAUGGUCGGGAAUGGCGUCUGUGACACCGUUUUUGAUGGUAAUGCUCUUGUUCCAUUUGCACAUGGAAUGGGUCUAAUAUCAGAUGAUAUAUACCAGGAAGCUAGUAUAUCGUGCCAAGGAAAUUAUUGGAAUGCCAGUGGCAAUAAUAAAUGUGAUACAGCGCUAUCAAAAAUUGAUUCGUUAAUCAGCGGACUAAAUAUCUAUGACAUUCUUGAGCCAUGCUACCACAGCAAGAUUAUCAAAGAAGUGAUCCCGCUUAACAGUAAAUUGCCUAAAAGUUUCAAAGAUCUUGGUGUAACUAACAAGACCUUUCCUGUAAGAACGAGAAUGCUUGGGCGUGCUUGGCCUUUGAGAGCUCCUGUAAGAGACGGGCAUGUUCCAUCAUGGCAGGAAGUUGCCAGUGGGGUUCCAUGUAUGAGUGAUGAAGUUGCGACAGCAUGGCUGGAUAACGAUAGCGUCAGAUCUGCAAUUCAUGCACAAUCAGUAAGUUCCAUUGGCCCAUGGCUUUUAUGCACAGAUGUACUUGAUUUCACUCAUGAUGCUGGGAGUAUGAUCAGUUAUCACAAGAACCUUACAAGCCAGGGUUAUCGUGCUUUCAUAUUCAGUGGUGACCAUGAUAUGUGUGUGCCUUUCACCGGGAGUGAAGCAUGGACUAAAUCUGUGGGGUAUGGAGUUGUUGACUCAUGGCGGCCAUGGUUCCUGAACGGACAAGUAUCCGGGUACACACAAGGAUAUGAACAUGGUCUCACUUUUGCUACAAUUAAGGGAGCUGGACACACCGUUCCUGAAUACAAACCGCAAGAAGCAUUGGCUUUCUACAGCCGUUGGCUCGCUGGUUCUAAGUUGUGAAGCUUGUGAACCCAGCUGCCAAUAAUGGAGAAAAUACUUCUGCGUGCAGUCAAGAAUUGGGCAAAGCUUGAUCUGAACUAAAAUAUAACUUACACACGAAAUUAUACAGCACAGACUCAUAUUUCAAAAUAGCCAAUGAGAACCGUGUGGUGUAUUCUUUCAUGCAAAUAAUAGAGAAAUUCAGCUUUGACUUUGUUUACAUGCUUUGUUUGCUACACAACAUGACUUCUGAAUUUUAGUUCAUACGGAGAUUUUCG